CUAAAAAUUAAAAUAAUUAAAAGAAAAAAAUAUAUACAUUAAUCAAAAUUUUUUGUUAAAAAAACGUACGAUGAGUUGUAAAAAAGUAUAAAAUAAAUAAAGAUAUAAAUAAAAAUUGCAAAAUACAUUAGAAAAAGAUUAAGGGCUAACGAUGUCUGUAUUACCUCGUGGUUAUGAAUGCCAGCGACCAGCACCAAGAUACGGAUAUGUAAAAGGAGAAUAUAGCAUCUACUACAAGAGACCACGUUACGGCCAACCUAGGCCGCAACCGUUUCAAAGAGAAACGGCGCCGUACUGUGGAGGGCCUAGUAAUGUACCUAGAGACAGGCCCUGUUGCUACGAUUAUCCAUGCAAGGCGCAUUGUUUUAAUCAUGGAGCAGUCACCAGACCGAGCGGCAGAUACGCGAGGACAGUCUGGUAUCCAGGCGAGUGUUGUCCGGUGGUGCCACCUUGCCAAGCUUUCACCUGCCCUAAUCCACCAUAUCACCCUUGCUGUGUGUCUACUGUCAAUAAGCUUGUUUAAAAAUGGAAUGCAAUCUAAAUGCUAAGAUAUUAACCGCUUAUUUAUUUACUAUAAAUAUCGUCCUUAUAAGUUUCAUGUUUCAAUGUGAUUUGUAAACAGUGUUGUAAUAAAUGUCGC